CGUGGUGCUCCCUUUGACAGAAAGCCAAAGUGAUUGUAGCAGAUACACCGAUUUAAAUUGACACUCUUCACUUGCUGCGGAUGAACAGAAGGAGAAGACUUUUUUAAAUUAAAUAAUUGCAAAGAGACCAGGAGUUUUCUGUCGACCCUCAGAGAGUAUCAUCUCCAGGAUUCAGUUCUGGUCUGUGAAGAGUACCAAUGUCUUUUCCUGCUGAGUUAAGUGAUGGAGCUGCUGUGAGCUCUGGUGUGGAAAAUGGAGGACCACAGAGAUACGCCUGUGAACUCACACUGGAUCCAAACACAGUAAAUAACGCCCUCGUUUUGUCUGAGGGGAACAGAAAGGUGACUGGUGUGGGAGAGAGUCAGUCUUAUCCUGAUCAUCCAGACAGAUUUGAUAACUGGAAUGAUCAGGUUCUGUGUAAAGAGAGUCUGACUGGCCAGUGUUACUGGGAGGCUCAAUGGAGCGGACAUGUUUAUAUAGCAGUGUCCUAUAAAAGCAUCAAGAGGAAAGGAGGAGUUCACCCCUGUUGGUUUGGGCAGAAUAAGAAGUCCUGGAGUCUUGAGUGCAGUGAUCACUCAUUCACUGUCUGGCACGAUAAUAAUCCUAUAUCCAUCUCUGUUCCUUCAGACUCCAGCAAGACAGUAGGAGUGUUUGUGGAUGAGUCCAUCGGCUCUCUGUCCUUUUACAGUGUCUCAGCCACACAUGAACUCACACACUUACACACAUUCAACACCAUAUUCACUGACACACUUUAUGCUGGAUUUACAGCACAUGCAGGCUCUUCAGUGACUCUGUGUCACGUUUAAUAAGACACACACACAAACACACACCAAGUUCACUCACCAGUUAGCAGCAGAUUGUAGACUAAAUGGCAGUUUUUCAGGCUCACUAAAAUUGGUGUGUGUUGCCCGUUAUCUUAACAAUUCAUAUAUGUCACUGAUUGGGAAGUGUAUUGAGUUAAGCUAACUUUAGCAAUGGGAUGAGCUCUUACAUUUAAAUAUCAUUGAAUAUAUACUACUGCAUUGGGGCACAUAACAAAUGUCCAAUCAUCGAUUAAAAAAAUAAAUAUUUAAUAUAGUAAUAAGGUAACACUUUACAAUAAGUUUGUGUUAGUUAAUGCAUUUAGUAACUUGAACAAACAUCGAACAACACUUUUAUUACAGUAUUUGUUCACAUUAAAGGGCACCUAUGGUGAAAAAUCUAGUUUUCAAGCUGUUGGACAGACAUGUUUUAGAUAUAGAGUGUAUAG